UAGAGAUUCGAAAGGAGCCCCGCCCCCUCGGUGCUGAUUCUCGGGACUAGCUUAGGGAAGACAGCACCUUCCAAGGGAGACCCCUGGCUUGCACCUUGAGUCCAGCUGGGAGCCUUGGGCAGGAUGGACACUUGAAGAAAGGUAUAUUGUCUCGCCGGUUCAGGUCUCAGCUGACUCUUGAUCCUGCUGGCUGGAACAUGGAAGGUUUGGAGGAAGAUGUAAAGUUCAUAGUGGAUGAGACCUUGGACUUUGGAGGGCUGUCACCAUCUGACAGUCAGGAGGAGGAAGACAUGGCAGUGUUGAUGACUCCAGGGAAACCCAUCCGAAGAGGCCUCUCCCACCGAAGUGACCCAAAUGCAGUGGCCCCCGUCCCACAGGGUCUGAGGCUCAGCUUAGGCCCUCUCAGCCCAGAGAAGCUGGAGGAGAUCCUUGACGAGGCCAACCGGCUGGCAGCUCACCUGGAGCGCUGUGCCCUGCAGGAGCGGGAGAGCGCAGGUGAGGGCUCUGGGCCUCGCAAGGUGAAGCCCAGCCCCCGGCGGGAGACCUUUGUGCUGAAGGACAGUCCUGUCCGAGACUUGCUGCCUACUGUGAGCUCUUUGGCAUGGAGCACGCCCUCCCCAAGCAGCCUGACACCUCGACUCCGGAGCAGUAAUAGGAAGGGGUCAGUCAAGUCUCUCCGGGCAGCAUCUGGAAAGAGGCCCUCCGGCAUGAAGAGGGAGUCACCCACUUGCAAUCUGUUCCCCACAUCCAAAAGCCCAGCAUCUACUCCUCUCGCCCGAUCAACUCCUCCAAUCCGGGGCAAAGCUGGGCCCUGUGGGAGAGCACCAGCAAGCCCACUUACCCCUGUCAGACCAGUCUCGGUCCCACAGCCUCCUACCAGCAGCUCUCAGCACCUGUCUCGAACACCGGGAGCAGCUGCUAAGCCUUCCAGUCGACUCCCUGUUCCCUCAGCCAUCCCAAGACCUGCCAGCCGAAUGCCACUCACCAGCCGGAGUGUACCACCCAGCAAAGGUGCUCCACCUCCAGAUUCUCUGUCAACCCGGAAAGGACUUCCAAGACCAAGUGCUGCAGGGCACAGAGUUCCUGUUUCCCAGCGACCAAAUCUCCCAGUUGCUGGUGCUGCUCGCAGCAAUCUGCAGGCCCCCAGGAAAGUUGCAGUCCCAGGACCUACCAGGUAAAGAGAUCAGGACAGCAAACAAAAAUUGAGGAGCAAACCACUACAGUCGCUGCCUGGACUCACCUUUACUUGGCCUCCCAAAGCCUCUCAUUGGCCCAGGAACAGGAGGAAGAGAAGCCACUUGAGUAGAGACUGUGAGAGCUGGGGUGGAUUAGGACUGAGCUGGAGGAGAAUUGAACUCUUUGGGUUGAAAGAAAAUUAGGAAAAAGAGGUCACCUCCCAGCAGUGAAACUGAACAGAAAUAAGAGAUGCAGGAGAGAGGUUUGUCCUCAUCCAGCCUCACUUUCACGUUCAGCUCCAGAGUUUGAUCUUCUUCCCAGGCAUUGGUUCACUGGAUGUGUACAUGUGAAUGACCUCUGUAGCUAACCUCCCUGCUUCCCUAGGAGCAGUUCUUCUGAACCACAUCCUCUACUGGACUCAGCUUAUUUAGAGAGACAGAUGCAGACACCUGGUCUUCAGAACUUGUUUCCUGUGAAUUCUGUGACUCACAACAGGCCAGUUUAUGAUAAGCUUACUCCAUUGGUCUGUGUUUUUCUAAAAUAAAAUGAAUAUAUUUUUA